UAAGGACCCUGAAAGCUCAACUAAAUCUACUAUUCUCAGAGGUCUCUAUCCAAGAGGAAAAUGCCCAAGAAUCAACAACAUCCCAAGCAAAAAGCCCAAGUUCCAGGCCCAGGAAGAUUCCAAAAGCAUCAGAGAGCCCUUUUCCUUCAUCUUCUACCGAGCAGACCUCUCACUCCUCCAGCUACAGGGCUACUUCAGAGAAACAAUGGGUCAGGUGCGCAUAUUUCACCCAGAUGCGCACAGUCAAGGGGGCGGCGGUCGCUUCGCAGACCAAAACCUCCUUUGCCCCCGUGGGCAAGAUGCCCCAGGUCUUUGAGGCUGAGCUCUCUGAGGAGAGCACCAUCGGCUCUGCCCCCAGUCUGGCCAACACUGAGUCCCUGGUCAGCACCCUGGAGCCCUGGCAGGAGGGGCCCCAGACCUGUACUUCGGACCCCACCGACCAAGGGGAGAAGCAUGGGGAGAGCCCCCGCGCAGCCACCCCGGAGUGGCUGGUGACCCGUGAGCGCGGCUUCCGCUGCGUGGCCUGCGGCCGCCUGUUCCAGUCCCGGGAGGCCCUGGUUGCGCACGCGGCGCAUGGUGUGAGCCAGAGCUUCAGCUGCCGGGUCUUCUUUCAAGAGCUGCUGGAGAGGCCGCUGCCAGGCUCAGUCCAGGGGAGGCCCCAACGCUGCCACCUGCUGGCCAGGCGUUACCUGAUGGCCUCCAAGAAGAGGGAGGUGAGGGAGAUGAGAGCAGUCUGCAGGCGCCUGGAGGAGCAGCUGGAGAAGCAGAGAGAAGAAUUGAAGAGGCUGAGGCACCAGCUGGACAGGCUGCAGAGGCAGGCCAGGCCGCAGAAGGUGCAGCACCAAGGCCAGAGGGGGAAGGACCUAAAGACCUGCUAGCACCCUGGGACUAGGAGGAGCAGGGCCUUUGGGCUGGAAACGAGGGCCCUUCAUGAGAGACCUCCAUUCAGGUUCGUUUAACCCAGCUCCCCUGGAAGAUCUUAGCCUCCUUCCCCUGUGACCACCAGCCUUCCACCCUAAGGGCACAAAGACCUCCAGCCCUAAGGAAGAAGCCCCAGAUAGCUGAACACAGACACCAGGUCCCCUCAGAGGCUCCCCUGGCCCAGGAGAGGACAGGACAGGCCUCAUCUUGAUGGUGAGGUCUUGGGACCCCUAAGGAUGAGCACAGAGUAAGUAGGGAAAGGGGAAUGGGAUUUCAGUGGGACUUGGGAGGCUAAGGGGGACCCUGGUGAGGUGUGAUGGUGAAGGGGGUAUCAGUGAGUUCUUUGGAGGAGAAAGAAUCAGAGAGAUGGCAGGGUGUCAGGAAACCUGCCUGCAGGUGAGCAGUGGGCAUAAAGCCCUAAACCAAGGACUCUGGGUCCCUUCCCAGCAGCAUACAGGCAGAGAAAGAGGUAAGGCUUGGCAGGAGGAGAGGAGGGCCCGGUGAAGGAAAAUGAAUUCACCCCAGCCAUGUCUUCUGGUCUCCUAGGGUGAAUUUGGGGUUCUGAUUAGGAUGCAUUGUUGUUGCCUCAUUAGGGGAAUGUAAGUGGGAGGUGGUGUAGAAAAAUCCCCCUGGGUGUUAACCAUUUCUGGAUAAGAGUUGAUCCAGUGCUUACAGGGUAUUUCUUGUAGAGUAUGUCCUCGGGUAAGGGGUAGAGCUUUGGAACUUUUUCUUCUCCUUUAAAUAAAGCUGUACAUUCCAGUUCUUGACACGUCAAUAAAUCUCGUUAAUUCCCCCCCCCCCUCCGUGGUCAAAUCUGUUCUGUCCCGAGGUCAAAGAACUGGAAGAAAAAGGCCAUCUGAGAUGAAAGAAGCAAAAGAGAGGAGAGGGUUCUUAACCUGGGGAGAAGAGCGAGAACACAGUUAUAGAGACCAGAAGAGCUCACUGGUUCCAAGAACAAGAAGAAAUGCACUGGAUCUGAUUAUUACUGUCUGUGGUGUGCUCUCCUUCCAGUGAUUAAAAUCUUUUGUCUGUCAUUAUAGAAAAUUUUCACCUAUUUAAAAUAUCUAACGAAACACAUUAAAAUAUACAUGUAUCUAUGAUGUUUAUCAACUUCCAAAGUUCUGAAAUUGUUUUUUAUUACAUUUUCGAGAUUACAGAUUUGUAUGACAAAAAAGUUAUGUCAGGGUCCCACCCUCGUAUGUAAUUUGCUCCCACUCCCACAAGGUAUCCAAUGUUAAUAGACACAUAUGUGUCCUUCCCUACACUUCUCUGCAGGGACACAUAUACACAGUCACAGGUACACAAGUACAUCUGCUGGGAUGUUUGCUUUUAUGGAAACUUGGUCUCACUCUAUCCACAUUGCUCUUGCCCCUUCUUUCACUUGACAUUCUACCUUGAUUCUCUGUAAGUCAUUAGAUAUGGCACUAACACUAUAUUUUUGGGUCUUUAACUUACAUGAAUAAUUUAAAUAGAUGAUAUCAAUUCAGUACACUUUAUCUGGACUUGUACAUGUUGUUGUUAGAAGCUAUCAAGUCAGUUCUGACUCACAGUGACCCUAGGCACCACAGAACAAAACUCGGCCGGUCACUGCAAUCCUAAUAAUCGUUGCUAUAUUUGAGCACACUGUUGCAGCCAUUGUAUCAAUCUCAUUGAGGGUCUUCCUCUUUUUCCCUGGACCUCUGCUUUACUAAGCAUGAUGUCCUUUUCCAGGGACUGGUCCCUCUUGAUAAGAUGUCCAAAGCCAUCCUUACUUCUAAGGAAUAUUCUGGCUUUCUCUGCUCAAGACAGAUUUAUUUGUCCAUACAUAACACCACUAAAAUGGAAACAUUAUCAUCCAUGCUUUUUAAGUCCACUCUUCCUGCAUGUUCUAACUCUCCUCCCCCUGUUCUUUCCCACAAGUGAAUCCAAGGUAAUUCAGGUUAACAAUGUGGUAAGUAGUCUCUCCUAUCCUUGCUUAAACAAGCCCACACAGACUUGCAUGUACCCUCGUCUUCUCAUUUAUACACACACAUAAACAUACACAGGUAUUCAAGCAUAUUCAAACAAUUGAUAUUGUUUAACCCAGAUGUGCUCAUUUUAUAUACACUUCUCUGCACCUUGAUUGUUUCAGUAAUACUUCCAUAAUACUUCAUAGAGAUUUCUCCCACUCAACUACUACAACUCUUUUUCAUUCUAAUGACUCCCUGUUUUAUUGAGGAUGUAGCUUUACCAUAAGUUAUCUAUCAUUCCACCAUCAAUGGACAGUCAAAGUUUCGUCAUAUUAAUAAUAACUAUCCUUUGUGUACUACAGGAUUUGUUUCUGUGGAAUAGACUCCACAGAGUGAGAUUUCCAAUUCAAAGAAUGUUAAAAGUACAGAGUCAUGGCCAUAUCUUUCCCCUAGAGGCUGCCAUAAUGCACCUCUCCAGCCACCUCUCAGGGCAUCCUUCUCCCCACAGCCCAGCCAGCUAUAGGUGGUGCUGAUUUUCAAAUUGUGCCAGUUUCACUGGCAGUUUGAUAUUUUCUGAACUUGGACUAUGUUUACUGGGCAUGUGGAUUUACUCUGAAUGAACUGUUUGAAUUCACUGCUCAUUGUUCAAGUGCAUAACUUUUAUCCUUCUGUGUAAAAUGGAAAUUGUUAUUAAGGCUUGUCAUCUCCAUUUCACAUGAUUUCCCAAAUCUAUGAUUUGUGUAUCACAUUUUUGCAAGCUUUGUGCCCCAGAACGAUCACUUGAGUCAGCACCAUUUAUUAAAUAAAUAUAAUUUUCUUGAAAUACGACCUUUGUAAGUUAUUGUGACUUCUUAACAGAUUUUGUUUCAUUGGUCGACUUGUCAGCUUCUAUGCUAUGUAAUAUCAAUUUGUUCUGUUACCCGAAGAGGUAGACACCUGUCACUAUCCUGCUUUUUCAUGUUUUACUUUGGUAAAACCGCCCUGGUUUUGCAGCGAUUAAGUGCUCAACUGCUAGUCCAAAGAAAGUGUGGCAGGUCGAACCCACCAGGUGUCCCCAAGGGAGAAAGACCUGGUGUUCUGCUCCCAUAAUGAUUACAACCUAGAAAACCCUAUGGGGCAGUCAAAUGGGAUGGCUUUGAGUCAAAAAUUGCCUCCAAGUCUCGUAACAACAGGAAUAUUCUUUGUUAUCUAUUCUUUGUUAUCUACUGUAGUAUUUGUAGCAUAUGAUUACUGUAUACAGUUCAAAAACAACUAUCUUAAUAUUCUGGCUAGAAAUGCAUUCCACUUAUAUAUUAGUUUUAAGGACCUCCAUUUAAUCGACAAGACGUUCCAUUUGAAAAUAUGGCAUAUUUUUGCAUAUAUUCAGGUUUCAUUUUAUGUACUUUAAUACACUGUUUUCCCUCAUAGAGGUCCUUUGCUGCUCUGGUUAAAACAAUGUUUUGCUAAAUAUUUUACAGUUUUGGACACAGUGUGGUACAGUCAAGUAGUAAGGGAAAGAGAACGGUCUGCCCUUCCCACCCUUGCCAAUUUUAGACCCUUAUUCUAUACUGGAGAGAAACCAUUGAUUUUGAUGCAUUUGUCUUUUAUGCAGGUAUAUAAUUAUAUCAUCAUUAUUUUAAAUAUCUCUUUUAAUACUUGUACUAGUUAUUUAAAUUUUCUAGUUUAUUCCUUCACCUAAAAACUAUGUUGAGUGAUAGCAAAAUUUUUGUCUAGUUCCAAAUUUAUCGGAAUGGGUUUAAUAUUUUUCCAUUUAUCUCACACCUGAUAAGUUUGGGGAGAAUUUGUUAUGCACCAAGAGAUAACUAAUACUCUGAGCUACUGACCUUUAUGGUAAUCUACACACGACUUGUUUCUGACAGUUAAGUACUUCCACCUGGCCUCUGUUCAGCUGGGAUUUACAUUGCUACUAGGCAGCCCAGCUCCCACUAAAACCUGAUCCUAUAGAGAAUUGUUCUUGUUAGCUGUCAUCAAGUCAUUUCUAACUCAUGACAACCCCAUGUGGGCAUAGUACAAGUGUUCAAUAGGGUUUUCAAGGCUGUGAUCCUUUAAAAGCAGAUCGUCAGGACUGUCUUCUGAGGUUCUUUUGGUUAGGUUCAAACCUCCAAACUUUCAGCUAGUAUAGAACACUUAACUGUUUGUGGCACCCAGGGACCCCCUGCAAAGGAUACAUAUUGGAUAAGCUCCAUGUUGCUGGUGCUCCCCUCAUCUCCACGUUCCUUAUUCUUUUGAUGAAAUGGGUGUCCUUCAGGACCUCCAAGAAAUGCCCACAUAUUGGAGGCUUUUAUUUCUUCUUCCAACACCCGACACAGUAGGUCUGGCAUUUCGAUUUCAUAGAAUUUGGGCCGUUGCCUUUUCCAACCUUCCAAAAGCAAUCCCACAGCAUAUUAAACCCAUUUCCAGAACCCUUGCUACGGCAAUAAAUCCUUGUCAACAAACUCUCCUUGACCCAACUUUAUAUUAAACUCCCCUUGACUCAGCACCUUCAGCACUCGUCCCUCAGCACACCCCCGUCCUGCUCACACAAGGCAGCCAGAUCUUGCAGCUCCUUCAGUGUACAGUCCCUCCCCCUCAACCACAACCAGCACUUCCCCGGUGGCUAUGCUGGUAUCUGACAGCUAAGUAUCUGGACAAAUGCAUGGGACUCUAUCUGAGGAUUCUGCAAGGGAAACUGUUGAAGGUGGAUUGGGGAGGUGGCGGGAAACCAGAACAAAGAGUAUGAACAUUCCAGAGGUUGAAAUUAAAUGAGCCCAAAUCCCAGAGCUGCACAUCCGUUGUGGACAGAAAUAGCUCCAAGAGAAGCCCUCUCUCAUAUAAAUGGGAUAGAGGGUCCAUAAAGGAGAGAGACGGGCAGGUGGGCAGGUGGGCAGACACCUGAAACUCUGGCAGAGGAGAAUCCUUCUCUCUGACCAGAGUAUGGAAGAACCAAAUAUUGUAGAGAAAGCUCCAUUACAUUUUCUCUCUCUCUGCUGUUAACUGGCACCUAGUCAAUUCUACCUCAAAGGCUGAGACUUUUCAAAAGCAGAUCACCAGGCUUGUCUUUUGAGGUGCUUCUUGACAGGUUCCAACUGCCAGCCUUUUGGCUGGUUGUCCAUCCAGUGCUUUGGCCCCAUAGGUAGAACCAGUCACUUAUGUGUACAACAGAAUGAAGAGAUUAAAGCCCCAGCAUUCCUGCCAGUGGGCCAGGAAAGCACUCCUUCAGAACUCAGACAGCAGCAGAGAAAUAAAGAGAGGAGACUGUGCAAGAAAGAGAUUCUGCAGACUUGCUAUGAAAUCCUGGUUCACCCCCCAGAUGCAUCUGCAUUGCCCUGACUCUAAGAAGCAUUAUCAAAUCCUUUAAGAGGCGCCCUAUGGGUUAGAACACCAUCAAGGUUCCAGACUGAGUGGGGCUCACAUAGAUUAGAUCUGAAUACAGCUGCAAAGCCUUCAAAAAUUGAACUUACAUUUGAACCAUAGAAUACAGAAGAUGGGACAGAACUUGGAGCCUGAACAUAACUGGGUCAAUAGACUGCUAAAAACAAAAAAGAAAAAAAUUCUCAUAAAAUUAAGCCAGACUUGUAGUCUUGAAAUCAUAAGACACAGAUUUUAAAAUGCUAUUCUAAUCAUUCUCCAAGAAAUAACACGGACACUUUUUAAAUAAAUGGAAAGAUAAUAGGUGCUAUUUGCAAAGGAAAAUUUUACAUGGUAAAAAUACAUGGUAGAAAUAAAAUUCAUUUGAUAGUUUCAAGAGCAGAAUGGUGAUGACUGAGAAAAAAAGAUGAGUUUAAAAUAUUUACUCUGAAAAGAGAGAAAAAAUAUGGAAAAAAAUGAACAGAGCCUCAAGAAUUAGAGAAAAAGUCUGUUUAUUUAUUAGAACUCCAGAAGAAGUGGAGAAAAUGUGUGCUGUAGGAAAACAUAUUUGAUGAAAUACUGGGCAAACACUUUCCAAAUUUGAUGAAAGACGUAAACUUACAGCUUCAGAAGGUCAGCAAACCCCAACAGGUUAAUCCUAAAGAAUUCUAUGUGAAAAUAUAUUUUUAUGCAAAUAUUGUGUUACGUGUUUUUUGCAAAUCACACGCUCCCCUCCCCCCAAACCGGCAUAUUUGCAAGUAUGCUAUGCUAGUUUUUUACACCAACAUAUAAAAAAAAUAAAUAAAAUUAGGCACCAUUCUCAUAAGAGUACCCGGGAAGGGGAAGGCUCAGUUGGCAAAGAAUAUCUAUAAUGUGUGCAUUAUUUGCACAAAAAUACAGUACAUCAUAAUCAACUGCAGAAUAACAAAGAUCAACAAAAUACCCAGGAAGAAGCUAGAGAGAAAACAAUAGAUUUCACAUGGGAAAAAUAAUUUCACUGACUCUUUCUUCAUUAUCAGAAAACCACAGAGGCUGAAAUGUUGUGAAAAAACAUUUUUUCAACACUGAAAGAUCAGAAACAUUACCCCAGAUUUCUAUAUCCAAUCAUUACCUUCAGGAGUAAAGAAAAAAUAGUGCCAUUCUUAGCGAAGGAAAACUGAGAGAAUUCAUCGCCACCAGACUUCUCCCAAACGAGACUCUAAUGGAAGUGCUUCAGGAGGUAGACUUGGAAUUUCACCCGUAUUUCAGGAAAGCAGAAAACAUGGGAACUAUGUGGGUAAAUAUACUGUGUUAAUACUGUAGUCACUGCACAACAUGGCGCUGGACAUGACUCUUUGGAAAGUUUUUCCAGUCUCUUGGAAAUGCUUGGGAACAUACUCUUGACAGAAAAUCAUUACUAGAGAAUAGAAUUAAUUUUGACAAUAUCUGAAAGAUGUCUGUAGUCAAGUCUGGUGAAUAAAAUGGAAACUAAAUUUUGGGACCCAAAAUAAGGUGUGGUAACAAAAAAUGAGUCUCAAUUCCGAUGUGGCCAUGAGCUGGCUCUGAAGGCCGGCCUUCCCCAGAGAGGCGUUUCAGGCACAUUGGGAGCAAUGGCUUGUUGUUCUUGUUGCUAGGUGCUAUCGAGUGGAUUUCUGAGUCAUUGAGGCCCAGAGUGAAGGCAAUACUGUCCCAACAGGGUUUCCUGAGUUUUAAGCUUAAUGGGAGAGGAUUGCCAGAUGUUUACUCCUUUGAGCCUUUGGGUGGGUUCAAACCAUUGACCUUUCGGUUAGCAGUCAAGCACUUAAACUUUGCACCACCAGGGCUCCUUGGAAUAAUGGCAGCACCGCAGAAUUUGGUACAAACUUCCCCAUGGGCCUUCCCUGAGAAGUAACCUCUUUGCUGAAGUACCAAGUUUAGUUUUCAUACAUAGUCAUUCUGUACAAAGUCUACAUAAGAAUUAGAGUGUUUCCUUGAAUAGACAACAUUUUACAUGCCCUCCAUGAAGAAAAUGCCUCAAGGGCAAAUUUUAAGAGUAAACCAAGGCAUUUCCCAUCACUCCUUAACCUGAGAGGCUCUUCGUGAGGAUUUCCUAAACACAUGGAAAAGAACAUAGUAGACACUGCCUUCUUUUACCUCUUCCCUCCUAAACAAACUGAAACCUUUGCUAAGAUGUCAGGUGUCAAGCCCCAAACUCCUCUUCUUAUCCUGUAUGUAAGUUCUGUAAUGAGACCAGGACCCAGGCAGUAUUUCCCAUCUUCCAAAGUUUCGAGGUCCAGUGAAAUCCUGUUACAAGUCACUAGAUCAGCCCAGGAGCUGGAAGACUGAAAUUCCUGGUCCUCUGACAACUGGGAAGGGCAGGGUGGGAUUGGGCAGAGCCUCCUUGACCAUCACUUGCCCCAAGAGGCUCUGGAGGCUGCUUCAUGUUAUAAGUCAAAGGCCCUUCCAGCCCAGUCGCAUAAGAGCAGGGAAAGGCUUUUGCCAUUGAAAGAAGAAAUGGGCUCAGGAGCAGCGGGUUUGAGGCCAUUCAGCUUCUGUCAGCUUUGCGGCUUCGGACAUCUUGGCCGCUGGUCGCCUUCACAACUGGGUCUUUAUACCUCUCCACCUCUCUCUCCCUCCCAGUACCAUGGGCUGUGGCUUCUGCUAGUUUUAAUGAUUUCAAUGUUUCAGUAGCUCCUCGCCCCACUCAGAGGAGGCAGAUUUGCAGGGUGUGAGGGACAAACCCAUAGUUCUGCUUAGGUUUCCUUCAACAGAAACACUCCUGAGGUGACAAGCUGUCCUGACUGAUCCUGAGACCAAGACAGAGAAACUCAGUGAGGGGGUCAUUGGCUUCUGGAAGUGUCAGCACUCUCAGAGACAUGUCCUGGGGUCAUGCCCAAUUGCAGGAAAAAUGAAGUGGCUCUGAACCUCGGUGUGUUGAUCGUCCAGUACACAGGACCCGGAAGCCUCUGGAGGAUUCUCAGUCUUAGUCUAACCCAGCACUGGGGAAAUCCUCACAGGGUGGGAGCAGUGAUAUUCCUGGGUAUCUUUAUUCUAAAAAUCUCAGAGUAGUUGAUACAGUCUUGGGAGGUGGGAAAAGAGAAAGAUUGGGACCACAGGAGGGCGGCAAAAGAAGGAGGCUCCUAUCACUCACUCCCUCUGGGAUCUUGUUCAGGUUUUUUUGUUUUUUAAUGCAACUUGGGCUCCAGGCAGGCACUUAUUGCUAAAGUUGUAUUUCUCUGUUUUAAUUUAUGAUAUCUAAGUCAAAUCUGGAGUCUUGAGCUGAUUUUGAUAAUUCGUCUUUCGUCUGUGCAGACAAGAGUCCGCUCACACCCAUGAUGAGAGCAAAGGAAAUAAAUUCCCUAGCCUAGACCAGGGCGGGCUCUCUUGCUCCUCAAACUAAGAGUACCACACAUGGGGAGCUCUCCUAGGGCAGCGCAGGCGGUGAGUCCAGUCUGGGGCCCUGGGAAGGGGACAGGGUGGGUGCCAGGCAGUGUGGCCUCUGUGGCUUCACCUUCUCCUCCAGGAAGUGCAUCUCGAAGGCCUCCACGUUCAGAUCCUGACGCUAACCACAAGUUCUCACCCUUCUGUGUCCACUGUCUGGACCCAAGUCCCCAUAUGCCUCCUCUGCCCUCCUAUCCCAUCAUAUGCGCUGUGAUCAGGCUCAGGUAUGUACCCUGGGUCUCGCCCUCUAUGGCCUUAGGGUCCCCGAGUUCUGUUGGGACCUGCCAGUCUGGCCAGUCUUAGGUGUGGGUGGGGAUGGGUGGGCUGGGACUGUCACAAAAGGCUCCUGAAGCCAGCUCUUUCCUGCUCCCCGCCAGCUUGUGGUAGGGCUGCCCAGGACCCCGCACCUCUCCCGGGUGCCCCUCUCUGAGCAUCCCUGCCGCCCUCUCCCCUAGUUCUUGAAGCGCCUUCUCUUGAUGCACAGAUGCAACUGAGCACCUCACCACACUGAACCCGGAGUUGGCUCUCAGCUAGAUUAAAGACCUGAACCUGAAAUGCACAACCUUAAAAGCACUAGA